UCUGGUUGGAAGAAGAUAUGACAGAUAUGAAAACAGUAUCUUACAACCAUGCUAAGCCCGAACCCAUCAGCCUAUAACUUGCACGUCUUUCUUAAAGGUGAUUAUAUAUGAAUGUAGAUGUGCGUCUCAAACUUUUGGGCUGUCGUUGACUUGUCGUGGCUUCAAUUACUCCUGGUCAUGGGAGAAAUAGUUGGUUGGUAUUGAUGAGUGAGAGCUAUUAAUUUCAGAAAAAUCUUCGGAUAAUUAAGAGGAAAAAAGGGAGAGAAAACAAUUAUUUGCCAACGCAUUACCAUCUAUUAAUAUUUGGGUUCUUCCUCCUUUUGACCAAAGAUGGAUGUGUCAGUGGUAAUUGUGUUAAUUCUCUUGCGUUGGACAUGUUCGAUUAGUGAAGUCGAAAUGGUAAAAGCAGAGUCCGAUAGAGAGAGCCAGGUUUCCUUUAAAUGCUCCAACCUACGACCCUUCCUACUUUUCAAUGCCCGGCUCUUACGGUUCUUUGGUUGAGUUGGUUGUUAAACAAACAGAGGCCGUCCAAGCUAAGGCCGGUAGAUAUGAAAAUCCCGAGGAACAUCCAUUCUUCCCAGAUGAUUUACCACCGUCGCAGGUUCCACCUCACAAGUACUCUCGGGUUUUGAAUCCUGCAGCAGUGUCCGUUAACGUAAAUAAGAAGAUAUGGGAUUUAUAUUUCAACAAGCUGCUUCCAUUGUUUGUCUCUUCCGGUGAUGACGGAAACUAUGCCUCAACAGCUGCACGUGAUCUUGAGUGCUUACAGGUCCUAUCUAGAAGAAUACAUUACGGAAAACUUGUGGCUGAAGUCAAAUUCAGAGAUGAAUGGAAGCAUUAUGAACCUGCAAUUCGUGCUCGGGAUAAAAAAACUCUGAUGGAUUUAUUGACGGCUCCGGCUGUGGAAAAAGCAGUAAAGAAGAGGGUGGCGAAGAAGGCAAGGAUAUUUGGGCAGGAAGUGAAGGUGGGUGAUGAUAGUGAUGAGAAUAAAGGGAAGUACAAGCUGGAUCCAGCUGUUGUUUCCAGAUUCUAUGGAGACUGGGUCAUUCCCCUAACAAAGGAUGUUGAAGUCCAGUACCUCCUCCAUCGCCUUGACUGAAACCUUGGUUAUGUAUCAGUUCCAGUCAAGGGUUCACAAUUAUAAUUCAGAAUUAAAUGUAUUCUGUCAAAUUCUGCUUUGAUUAUUAUGUCUAGUUCUACUCCAAUGUAAUAUGUGCACGCAUCUUUUCACAACACCCUCAAGCCGUUUUGAAUCAGUUCUCCAUAAAAACAUACGGAACAAGAUCUGGUCUUGAAAAAUCACAAACAAAACAACUCUUUCUAAUCUCUGCGUUCCUACUAAAGUUCUAUGUAUAACUGAUAACACCAUAAAAAUAUGGGAUGUUAUUUCCAUAAAUGAAAAGAACUGAUCAACCAAAAAUUGUCUGCUACCAAAAUCUGAUAGCUUCCCCUACAAAGAGAUCUUCUUUAGAUGUAAGGUUCUCUUAGUGAAGUUGGCAGCACCAGUUCAGGCUCUAAUUCCCCAAGUGGCGUAAAGUAGUACUCAACCAUGUCUUUACUAACCUCUUCCAGGCUUGCGG